AUGACAGAGACUUUGAAUGUCAUGGUCAAUAACGGAUCAAGCGUAGGCGCUGAUACACUUGAUCUGAUUGCGCCUCCGAAGUUGACUUCGGAGAUCACUCAAUUACCAACGCUCGAACAUAAAAAAAGGUUCUUGCGUAGUGGCAAAGUCAAGCAGAUCUGCGUACUCGUCGCUGACGACGAGUGUGUAGCCGGCAUAAGGUCAGCAACAAUGUUUACUGAGAACGAGAGAGUUCUCAGUAGUUCAUCAAUGGACGAGAGUGUCCUAGAUGAAAAGACACGAGUUGAGCGACAUGACUCCCAAUCGUGGCAAUCGCUCAAGACAAAACCUCUCCAUGAAGAUUUGGUUGAAUUCAAGGAUGUAUUCCCUGAAACUGUUCCGUGCGAAUUACCGAAGGAUAAAGGUAUUCGACACGAGGUCGAGCUUAAACCAGGCUCGAAGUACUGUGUCAUGAAGCAGUGGUCACUGCCUCGUGAACAAGUGCUUGCGAUCGACAAGUUCUAUGCCGAUCGUUUAGCUGCGGGCCAUGUGAGGGAAUCAACAUCCCACACAGCCCUUCGACCUUCUGUGUGCGAAAAGCCACAGGAGGGUGGCGGAUAG